CGCAAGCCCGAGCCCCGGAGGAUGGAGGACGAGGCAGUGCUGGAUAGAGGGGCGUCCUUCCUUAAACAUGUAUGUGACGAAGAAGAAGUGGAAGGUCAUCAUACUAUUUACAUUGGGGUCCACGUGCCGAAGAGCUAUAGGAGAAGGCGGCGUCAUAGAAGAAGACCUGGACAUAAAGAAAAGAAAGAAAAGGAGAAAAUCUCUGAGAACUACUCUGACAAAUCAGACAUAGAAAAUGCUGAUGAGACAAGCAGCAGCAUCCUUAAACCACUCAUCUCCCCUGCUGCUGAACGCAUCCGCUUCAUUCUCGGGGAGGAGGAUGACAGCCCGGCGCCCCCGCAGCUUUUCACAGAGCUGGAUGAGCUCCUGGCCAUCGACGGACAAGAGAUGGAGUGGAAGGAGACGGCAAGGUGGAUAAAGUUUGAAGAGAAGGUAGAACAAGGUGGGGAGAGAUGGAGCAAACCUCAUGUGGCCACAUUGUCCCUACAUAGCUUGUUUGAAUUAAGGACAUGUAUAGAGAAAGGCUCAAUAAUGCUGGAUAUAGAGGCCUCUUCUCUCCCUCAAGUGGUGGAAAUGAUUGUCGACAAUCAGAUCGAGACAGGCCUUUUGAAACUAGACAUGAAGGACAAGGUCACCUACACACUGCUCAGGAAGCACCGGCACCAGACCAAGAAGUCCAACCUGCGCUCUCUGGCUGACAUUGGGAAGACCGUCUCCAGUGCAAGUAGGAUGUUUACCAACCCCGAUAACGGCAGUCCAGCCAUGACUCACAGAAACCUGACUUCCUCAAGUUUGAAUGACAUCUCUGACAAGCCUGAGAAAGAUCAGCUGAAGAAUAAAUUUAUGAAGAAAUUGCCUCGUGAUGCAGAGGCCUCCAACGUGCUGGUUGGGGAGGUAGACUUCUUGGAAAGCCCUUUCAUUGCCUUCGUCCGGCUGCAGCAGGCAGUUAUGUUGGGUGCUCUGACUGAAGUCCCUGUACCUACCCGAUUUCUGUUCAUUCUGCUGGGACCUAAGGGCAAAGCAAAGUCCUAUCAUGAGAUCGGCCGAGCCAUCGCCACUCUGAUGUCUGAUGAGGUGUUCCACGACAUUGCCUACAAAGCCAAAGAUCGGCAGGACCUGAUCGCUGGUAUUGAUGAGUUUCUGGAUGAAGUCAUUGUGCUCCCUCCUGGGGAAUGGGAUCCAGCCAUUAGGAUAGAGCCGCCCAAGUCUCUUCCAUCUUCAGAUAAAAGGAAAAAUAUGUAUUCUGGUGGAGAAAAUUUACAGAUGAAUGGAGACACACCUCAUGAUGGAGGACAUGGAGGUGGGGGCCAUGGAGACUGUGAAGAACUGCAACGAACUGGCAGGUUCUGUGGUGGCUUAAUCAAAGACAUAAAGAGGAAAGCACCGUUCUUUGCCAGUGACUUCUAUGAUGCUCUAAACAUUCAAGCCCUUUCAGCCAUUCUUUUUAUCUACCUGGCCACAGUGACCAAUGCUAUCACGUUUGGAGGAUUGCUUGGUGAUGCUACAGAGAACAUGCAGGGUGUGUUGGAGAGCUUUCUGGGCACAGCAGUGACUGGAGCAAUUUUUUGCCUUUUUGCUGGUCAGCCACUCACAAUUUUGAGCAGCACAGGACCUGUCCUUGUCUUUGAAAGGCUUCUCUUUAAUUUUAGCAAAGACAAUGGCUUUGAUUACUUGGAGUUUCGCCUCUGGAUUGGUCUUUGGUCGGCCUUCCAGUGUCUCAUUCUUGUAGCUACUGAUGCCAGCUUUCUGGUGAAAUACUUCACCCGCUUCACUGAGGAAGGUUUUUCCUCCCUUAUCAGCUUCAUCUUCAUUUAUGAUGCUUUCAAGAAGAUGAUUAAGCUGGCAGAUUAUUACCCAAUCAACUCCCUGUUCAAAGUGGACUACAUCACACAUUACUCCUGUGCCUGUGAACCAUUAGAUCCAGUUAAUAGCUCGUUAUUUAAUGGGACAAGUGUGCUGUCAGGUGAUGGGCUGUCCUACUCCUCCACUGAGAUGUACAACGGCACCAUUGACUGGUCAUCUCUGACAAAGAAGGAGUGUUUGAAGUACGGAGGACAGCUUGUGGGCAACAACUGUAAAUACGUCCCUGACAUCACCCUCAUGUCUUUCAUCCUCUUCUUUGGCACCUACACCUGCUCCAUGGCCCUGAAGAAGUUCAAGACCAGUCGCUAUUUUCCAACCACUGCCAGGAAGCUCAUCAGUGACUUUGCCAUUAUCUUGUCCAUUUUGAUUUUCUGUGGAAUAGAUGCCCUGGUAGGCGUGGACACACCAAAACUAAUUGUGCCAAGUGAAUUCAAGCCAACCAGUCCCGAGAGGGGUUGGUUUGUCCCACCUUUCGGAGGGAACCCAUGGUGGGUGUAUCUCGCCGCAGCCAUCCCUGCACUGCUGGUGACUAUCCUCGUCUUCAUGGACCAGCAAAUCACAGCUGUCAUUGUCAACAGGAAAGAACACAAGCUCAAGAAAGGUGCUGGAUAUCAUCUGGAUCUGUUUUGGGUGGCCAUCCUCAUGAUUAUAUGCUCCUUUAUGGGUCUACCCUGGUAUGUUGCUGCUACUGUGAUUUCCAUUGCUCAUAUUGACAGCUUGAAGAUGGAGACAGAAACUUCAGCUCCUGGAGAGCAGCCCAAGUUUUUGGGAGUGAGGGAGCAGAGAGUCACUGGAUUCAUUGUUUUCAUUCUGACUGGUGUAUCUGUAUUUAUGGCUCCCAUCUUAAAGUUCAUUCCUAUGCCUGUGCUGUAUGGUGUCUUCCUGUACAUGGGUGUCGCUUCCCUCAACGGCGUGCAGUUCAUGGAUCGUCUGAAGCUGCUCCUGAUGCCUCUGAAACAUCAGCCUGACUUUAUCUAUCUGCGUCACGUGCCCCUGCGCAGGGUCCAUCUGUUCACAUUUCUGCAGGUGGUAUGUCUGGCCCUCCUUUGGAUUCUCAAAUCAACCGUGGCUGCUAUAAUAUUUCCUGUCAUGAUCCUGGCUCUCGUAGCUGUCAGAAAAGCCAUGGACUACCUCUUCUCCCAGCAUGACCUAAGCUUUCUUGAUGACGUCAUUCCAGAAAAGGACAAGAAAAAGAAAGAAGAUGAGAAGAAGAAGAAAAAGAAGAAAGGCAGUCUGGACAGCGACAAUGAUGAUUCUGACUGCCCCUACUCAGAAAAAGUCCCAAGUAUUAAAAUACCAAUGGACAUCAUGGAGCAGGAACCUUUCCUAAGUGAUAGCAAACCUGCCGACAGAGAGAAAUCUCCAACAUUCCUUGAACGCCAUACGUCAUGCUGAAAAAAUUCCUUUUCUUCAGUCACACACCAUGCCAAGCCCUCCACGAACUCCAGUGAAAGUUGUGCCUCAAAUUAGAAUAGAGCUUGAGCCUGAAGACGGCGGUUAUUUCUGGAGGAGCAAGGGAACAGAAACUACUUUGUAAUUUGUCUGUCUGUUAAAUCUUACGUGGAUUUUUUUUUUUUUUUUUUUUUUUUUUUGUCACUAGCCAAAUAUUACAAAAUGCUCUUGGCUUCCCACCUGCAUAGGUAAACGAGACAUUCUGCACUUCUCCCUCUACCUGUGCCCCCUACAGAUGUCUUUUUAUUCAUCCUCGCCCCGUUUUUCCACUCUGACCAAGAUUUUUGUUUGCCUUCUCUGUCGCUUAGACAUGCACGCAUCUCUCUCAUUUUCAAGCAGAGGGAAGAAGUAUUAAGGAUAUAAUAUAAUACCUAUGUGAAAUGCCAGAGGAACUGGCAUGACUUUAGUUGUGAAUCAGUGUGUGUUUGUUUGUUUUUUGUCUGGCAGAACAAAAUGACCUCCAGGCUAAUUCAAUGUCUUUAUUACACUGCUCUGAGAUGCUGGAAAGUGCUGCUAAUACUAACUUGCUCUUAAAGCCUGUACUUGUAGUAACACAAGAAGGAAAACUAAAAGGUACUUCACUCCCAGCACAGACAAACUAUUGCCAUCGUUGUAGCAUGUGUUAUGAAAUACCCCUUUCCUAUGCAAUUUUUUUUAAAAGAACACUUUAAUGGACUUAAUCUGUCAGGUACAUUGAAGAGUGUUAUUUUCCUAGAUUGUUUUGUUUAAAUUAUGGGGGCCUAACCUACAACUUUUUUUUUGUCAAUUUUUUUAACCUUUUUUUAAUUACUGUAAAGAAAAAUGAAUUUUUCCUGCAGCAGGAAACAUAUAGUUUUGAGUAGUUCUACCUCUUAUUUCUAGAUGCCAGGCUUUCUGUAAAAAAUGUAUUGUACCAUAUAUAAUGUGAUUUUUACAAAAGAAAAAACACACAAUCUCCAGGAUAUGGCAUAGGGCUGGAUCAGUUUUAUUAACACCUUUUACUCUAAACCAUCUGUUUUACCCCUUUUUUAAAAAUAAAUAAUCUAACUUUACUAUGAAGGAGUCAAGACAGGACUUAACUCUCUUGUGGUGUGGGAAGAGUCUUAGAUUUAAUGAUGACGACUGAAGCAGUGAGCGGUGGGCGAUGUCGGGGCAGAUUCUGACCAUUUGUUUUGUUGAGUUCCUAUGCAGUAUUGUUAGAAUUAUGUCAAUUAAAACAUGCGUGCGCGUGUGUAUGUGCAGCAGCCCAGACACCCUCGGCAUAGUUUGGACACAAUGAUGGAGUGAUUAAGGAAAAGACGUUUUAAGAUUACUUACAGGGAAUUUUUUUUUGGCCAGAGCCCUAAAGAUUGACACCCUACGUCAAUCUUUGUGGAUCCAUGCUGUCCCAGAUGCGGUUACCAUCAGGUACAGAACUGACCCUAAAUUUUUAGUGCCCAGCACACCCCUAGAUAGUCUGAUUCGUCAAGCCAAAUUGACACGUCAAAAGCAAGCUGGCGUGCACGUGGUCACGCACAGGCUUUCUGCUUUAAACCCAGCAAGCAGAUAGCCGGCAGCACGGCCAUCAAGCGCCGGGGACAGGACAGGCCCCCUGCGAGGCUGCCAGCACCGCCCCGGGGUGGGAGAUGUUACAAAACGGCGCUCGCAGAAACUAUUCGCUAAUGCCUAGUAUGUGGUUUAGCUUCAUUUUUGCUGGUGUAGCAAAACGACGAAGGCUGAAAGCAUAGCCUGUGGCCUUCAAGCCUGCCAUUAAGACCCCAAAGUGCACGUUGCAUUAGAGAAGCAGAAUUUCAUGGUGGUGCUGAGACCUGUUAGACCAGAUUUUAGCAUCUCCUCACUGGUAGUUGCCUUGUGAACAGCCAGAGGUGCAGAGCGGUGGUCCUCUUCUUCUUCCAGAUGUGCUGUAGGAGCACCUGGCAGGCUCGCUUUCGCUAGAGCGCUUCGCUUGCAGGAGGAGUUGGUAUGGACCUGCUGGUGACAGCUUGGUCUUGGCAAGUGGCCAUUGCUUCUUGAAGGCGAUGGUGGUGCAGUGGCGCCCGCGCAGUGCACGCGCACGUUCCCCCGCGUGCUGUCGAGGCAUCUAGACGCCUGCUCGGGCGCGAGUGUCGCUCGCUGCCCGUGAGCAAGCAGCGAAGGUGCAUGGCGGUUGCGAGGGGGAGGGAGGGAGGGAGAGGCAGCCUUUCCCCUGGGCUACCCGGGGAGAUCGGCAUCCCCCCGGCGCUGCCCAGACCUGCUCCCGGAAGGGUAAGGAGACGUGCGGAGCAUCCCGAAAAGCAGCAAGGUCACGGUCGGCCCUCCGCUGCCGCGGGGCAGCUGCUCUGGGGAGCGCGGCGCUAGCUUGCAUACGUAGAAAGCCGCUCUCGUUCCUCCGUCAGCACGAGUCACUGGCUGCCAAAGGGGGCCGCGGGCUCGGGUGGCCUGUGCAGGGUACCUGGGGGUGACCAGGUUUUGCCUGUACCUUUUUAGAAGUCCGAAUAACUGACUCGAGAAAGAUCGAAAUAGAUAAUUAUAGCGAAAAAACAUCCUGCAAGAGCACGGACAGUAGAAGCCCCUGCUGCGCGGGUGCCCAAACCGCGGGGUACCGCACGCGCGCGUAUACGCACAUGCCCGGCACGGCUUUUCACCCGCUGUUACCUGGUGAUUAGUCUCCACGAAAAUGAGGUCUUCCACUUUUGAACCAUGUUAAAUGUACUUGAAAUGUAUUGACUGCUGAUCUGUUUCUGUUUCUUUUUUUCUUUCCUUUUUUUCCUGUUUUCAUGGACUGAGCUGGGGCGCAGAGGGGAGCGUUGGUCGAGGGAUGGGACAAAGAUUUCUGCAGUUUUCCAUGUAAAACAUGGAGCUGUGGUGGCAGCAGCUGGAAAUGUUCCAUUUCCUGCUCCAUGACAAAAGCACUUCACGGAAAGUUGGGUUCUCUGUUGUUGUUUCUUUUUAAAAAAAAAAAAAAAAAAAAAGGAGAAGCAGCAGCAAGCAAACAAGCCACAAAGCGCCGGAGCGCUGCUGGCACCACGAGGCAGGGGCGGCGAAAUGUGGCCCUCUAAAGCCGGGCGCCAGGCUGAAGUGCCCACAGGGAGGGUUUCGCUGCACUUCGUAGGCUCUGUGGCGAGAACAUAGACCCUUAUUUUGAUCCAGAAUUGGGUAUUUUGGGGGGCGGAGGCGGGGGGGAAGCGCGAGCCUGGGUUCCGGGGGCGCGUCAGGAGCGCCCGGCGCCCGCUGCUCUGCAGCGCGAGGAGUCUGCGCGGAGCCGAGCUGCUCGCGGCGGCUGCGGGCUGGGGAGGCAGCAGCCGCCGGCAGCUUUGUCCCAGCCCCGCCAGCCUCGGCCCCGGCAGCUCGUCCCCGUUUGUUUGUCAUCGCGGCCGAUACUUGUCUUCAUUACUUUAUUUUUAUUUUGAAUCAAGACGCACUUUCAGAUACUUUUAUUAUUGUUGUUAAUUCUCUUAAGUCUGUAUUUGCUUUGGAGGAAAGAAUAAAAACUUAGUAUAAAAUGAAGUGGAUCAAGAUGGUGGAACAAAACAGGAAAAAAAGCAGAAAACAUUUCAAUAUAUUAAAAUGAUUUUUUUCCAGUAAUGUAAACCAUGAAAUUCCUUAUAACGUCAUAGUAUUUUACAGUUUUAUGAAGCUUUCUAUUGUGACUUUUAUGGAAUCAAAAGAUGAAGAUGAUGAGAUA